UUGCAGUCUAUUUCCAUUUCGUUUGUAUUGUUUUUUAGUCCGACACAUGAACAGAUACGGAAAUUGCUAGUAAAUUUUAACACAAAAAAUCUUUUGCACUUCUCUGAGCCGCACAAAAUGUUGAAAGAAAAGGAAAUCGUUGACUCCACAAACCUGUUCAAGUACUGGUUCAUCUAUCACAUGGCCAAGACACGAGCAUUGGCUGCUGCUGGGCAACAGAAGGUGCAGCUGCAGCAGCAGCAGCAGCAGCAGACAAAACAGGAGGACCAGCAACAGCAGCAGUUGGGGCAGCUGCCAACAGAGGAAGUUUCUCAGGAGGAGCCCCAGAAGAAGCCUCAGGAGGAGUCCCAGGCGCAGCCUCAGCAGAAAGACGAAGAGCAACGAGAGCAAUUAAAUAAACUAUUUUCCAUAUUUCGCAAUAAUUUGGUUCCGGCCGCAAUGGGACUCACUGCUGUCUGUGUUCUCAAGGCCACAUUCAACUAAAAUGUUCAACAAAUAAAUCGUCAGUCAGCUUU